CCGGCUCCGAGAGUCAUGGCGACUACAGCAUCCAAUCAUUACAAUAUCCUCACCUCCAGCCCAUCUAUUGUACACUCGGAGCCUGGGAGCAUGCAGCAAGCCACGGCUUACAGGGACGCGCAAACCCUGUUGCAGAGUGACUACUCGCUGCAGAGCAACAGUCACCCGCUCAGCCACGCGCACCAGUGGAUAACAGCCUUGUCACACGGAGAAGGAGUUCCGUGGUCGUCCAGUCCCCUCGGCGAGCAGGACAUCAAGCCAGCGGUGCAGAGCCCCCGGGACGAGAUGCACAAUUCCAGCAAUUUACAGCAUCAGUCGCGGCCACCCCAUCUGGUACAUCAGACACUCGGGAACCAUCACGAUUCAAGGGCAUGGAGAACAACGACGGCAGCUCACAUCCCCAGCAUGGCCACCUCGAACGGACAGAGCCUUAUUUAUUCGCAGCCCAGUUUUAGCUUGAACGGUCUCAUCCCGGGUAGCGGCCAGGGCAUCCACCACCACAGCAUGCGCGACGCGCACGAGGACCACCACAGCCCGCAUCUCAGCGACCACGGCCAUCCACCGUCCCAGCACCAACACCAGUCGCACCAGAAUCACCACGACCACUCGGACGAGGACACGCCGACCUCGGACGACUUGGAGCAGUUUGCGAAACAGUUCAAGCAGCGGAGGAUCAAGCUGGGCUUCACGCAGGCGGACGUCGGACUAGCUUUGGGAACGCUCUAUGGAAAUGUGUUUUCGCAGACCACGAUAUGCAGGUUUGAGGCCCUGCAACUCAGCUUCAAAAACAUGUGCAAGCUCAAGCCUUUGUUGAACAAGUGGUUGGAGGAGGCAGACUCCACAUCUGGCAGCCCCACGAGCUUGGACAAGAUUGCUGCGCAGGGCAGGAAACGGAAAAAGAGGACUUCCAUCGAGGUAAGCGUCAAAGGGGCUUUGGAGAGCCAUUUCCUUAAGUGCCCAAAGCCAGCCGCCUCGGAAAUUACUUCGCUGGCAGACAGUUUGCAAUUGGAAAAAGAGGUAGUGAGGGUUUGGUUUUGUAACAGAAGACAGAAAGAGAAACGGAUGACUCCUCCCGGCGGACCUCUACCGGGUACCGAGGACGUAUACGGAGACACGCCGCCGCAUCACGGGGUUCAGACGCCAGUUCAGUGAGAAAAGACAAAAACAAUACAAAAUCAAGGACAUAUCUUAUCAUAUUGACUGCCUCAGUCUUCAUUUAUAAUUAUGUUCACAUUGGAGCCAUCCAAAGUGAAAGCAGCAGCGGUUUAGACUACUGAGGCGGGAGAGCAGAUUUUAUCCGUCUUCAAUGUUACUCAAAAUCCGUAUUGCUGCAACAGAGGGGACCGUGCGUUCCCCGCGCGAGCAAAGAGAACGGUUGUUCUGUGAAUACCCAGCACUGUGAAAAGACGCAGUUUUAAGGUGUAACCCUACUAUUUAUCAAACACUUUGAGACGAGCGAAAAUGUCCAACUCAAACGCGAGCAUGGGUGUCCCAUAGCCAGUUGUUUACAUCUAGACCCAUUCACUGCAUUCUUAUUUUGUGAGAUUAGACUGAAAAGUGACUAGUGCUGCAGCAUUUGACAAGUACACGCCAUUUUUACUUUUGUUGUGGGCGACUGAGGGUGAACAUCGAUUCGACUGAAAAAACAACAACAACAUCAGUGUGACAUGCAUCCACACAGUAUUCUCCCAUUUUCUUGGGAUCUAAAGGCAUUUAAAAUUAUUAUUAUUAUUGGUAUUUAAAUACAGCAUGGUUAUGUUUCAGUUCUAGAGACACAGUGAGAUGCAAGGUCACACUAAACAGAUGUUGUAGUCUUGGCGCCAAGAAAUUAGUCUCACCCAAUUGAUUUUGGCCACUUGCUUUUGUUUUAUCAAUACGUAUUGGUCUAAAUUGAAAAGAAAUAAAAAGAAACUUUCAGCAUUGAGCUGCAGACACGUCACCGAAGGGCUAGCGAUAGAGACCUGGCAUUUCCUUCGAUCUAGUCAUAUUACCAUAAAAUACAAUUGUUUCACAGGACUCCACACAGUGCUGUAAAUAUUGUAUAAUUUUCAAAGAACAUAGCUACGUUAUUCUCUCACAUGAGCACUUUUUCGUAUUAUUUAGAUUUUGGAAAAUAUUUUAGAGGUUUUGUUUAUUUUAUGUUUGUCUAAUUUGUUUAACAUUAGAGUCUCGGUAUAUUUUGCCUUUAUAUUUAUAGUCAGCCGAAUAUUGCGUGCUAUCUCCUUCUGAAGUCAGUUGCUUUUUAACCCACAUUCAGCUGCUUUUUUUUUUUUUUUUUUUAUAAAUUUUGAGCUGACUUUACUAUAUGGUUAUGUAUAGUAAACAGUGUUAGCACUAUUUUCUACCCAACGAAUUCAAUAUUAUAUAUCUCAACAUUUGAACGUCUUUUUAAAUUAUUUUGAAAUAGAGAUUAUUUACACAGUAUCGUGGUGAAUGAGAAAAGCAAGUGAUAUGACCUGCAGUGUUCAUUUCAUUUAAAGUCAAACGAUACUUCAUUGUUUCAUAUGACAGCGUUUUUGUGUAUUUUGUAUUUCCAUCAUUUAUCAGGCAUAUAAAUUAAAAACACGAGCACUAUUAUUAUUAUUAUUAAGCUAUUAUUAUUAAAUAUUCUCCACGUUCACUCAACAUCAGAGCUAUACAGUAAAAUGAUAUUUGGACUUUGGAUGUAACUGGGUUUGUUCUUUUUUUUUUUUUUAUGCUUUAUAGUUCCUAAUUUAGUUUGUUCCGGUUCGCAUUUAUAGGGACACGAAGCAGUGUUGAUUUACUGAAAAUGUAAACACUGGAAGAUUGGAAAAAUGGGAAGAUUUCUCCCAUGGGCUUGCUAUACGUCACUAUGUGUAAAUACAAUACAACAAUCAGAAAUUAUUAUUAUUAUUAUUAUUAUUAUUAUUAUUAUUUUUCUUAUUG